AUGUCGAGUGACAUAAGCGCACAGGUAGACGUCGGUAGUCUCUCCCUCUCGGGCCUGAAACAAGUUGCGGGAAUACUUAGUGUUCUCUCAGCCGACGAUGUGCAACCUAUGGCAAUGCUCCAACUGCAAGAUCUGGGCACUCUGUUUUCAAUAAGCGGACCAGUUGCAUCCAAAGUCCCAGAUUAUCUUCUGAGGUGUAAGAGCGUACGCAUUGAGCGACUUGGGUAUCUGGUUGGCUGGCGCAAAGGCGACUCAGCCUCACUCAUGGCACAGUCAACCGGUGGCCAGGCCGUGGCGUUGUUAUCUGUCUGCCUGUGGAGUCUUUACCAGGAAAGCACUGGAGACAUUCUUCAUACCAUCUCAAGUGCGAUCUUGCCACAGUCUGCGCGUGCAAGUAGCCCUGGAAUUCUCGAAAGGGCCGCAAAGAUACUUGCCGAUAAACUUCAGGUAGUCGGUUUUGGGACUAUUCUUGCAAAACAGGUAUGCCGCAUCCAUGAUGCGUACGAGAAUUUGAAGGAGCGAGUGCCCUGUGACAUCUUGGAAUCUCUCAGUCAAGACUGGAUGGCGGAAUUUCUUAUUGGUGUUUCUCGCGCUUUAAGAGAAGAAAAUGCGAUCCUUCGGGUUCGCGGAUGCUACGGUCUGGGAUACAUAUCAGCCCUUAUGGUCACCUUGUUUCCCGACGACUGUACCGUUACAAUCGAAAAGAUUGUUGUUCAUGUGGGAAAAAACACCUCCUCCAUCACUGUUGAUAUUGUGGGGCCCUCUUGCGGAACACUUCCCGAGGUUCACUUCAUGGAGACGGUUGAAAGCAUUGCAGAUGUACUCCUCAAUCCAGGAAAGGCAGAAUAUCGAUAUCGCGACAAAUUCGCCACUGACGCCUGUUUUUCUUGGGAAGGUCACAUUGCCGCAUCCCUGAGGCUUGAACUUCAACAUAAAGGCUUCCUCUACUCGUCUGAAGUUGUCGAACUAGUAGGGGGCCUUGAUCCAGAAAUUCUCGCAGUGAGCAUCCUAGGCGAUAGUUAUCGGGCGAAGAGACACAAACGCUGCGAGAUUGCUAUGGGGGUUCAGUUGCCAUCAACCUGGCCGCCCUUGGGAAAAGCGAUGAAGUUGCUUUUUGAAGUAAAAUCUUCAGAACUCAAAUCAUCGCCACACUGGAAUAUUACCGCUUCGAGUAUAGCCGGAAUGGCUGUUGGCGCCACAUUUAAGGCUCUUUUCUUCAAUCCCCACGAACAAGUCACCGUCAAAGGGAUUUUUUCACAGGAACAGAGUAUCUUGGGUCAGUUUGGAGAAUGGACGGAUCCUCGCAAUUGGUCGAGCGAUGGCGUUCUAGAAGCAAUAUUCCCUGAUUUAAAUCGAAAGGGCCUGGAUAAGACAAUCGCAAAGUCACUUGGGGCUAGCACAUAUGUGCCAUCUACGUAUCUGACUCUCAGAGACGAUGAUAUAUGUCACUACCGGAGCAUCGAAAUCUUUGAUGGUCCGAUCAUUUUCAAUGGAAGAUACUACGGCGAAGUGAAUAAUCCCACGAUUGAGGAAAGCAACGCCGGUAACCUCUGUGAAUUGGGCGAGAAGGCUAACAUCGUGCCAAGCUCAGAAGGCAACAUGGAAGGGUUGGUGGUGGCCCUGACAGCCUGA